AUGUCGACCAAUGACCUAUCUUUAGCACUUCUCUUCGGUAUUCUCCUUACACAAACGCCAAUAAAUUGUCACACAUUAAGCAUACAGCAAGAUGACAUUAUUGUAUUGCCCGAUGAACCAGAUGCUACGUGUCCCAUGGGAUAUUUCCACUGUAAUACAACAUUACAGUGUGUAUCGCAACGUUUGAAUUGUGAUGGUUCAGCUGAUUGUGAUGAUGCCUCGGAUGAAUGGAAUUGUGUUAAUGACAUCGAUGCCAUAUUUUGGGAUCAUUUGUUUCGUAAACAACCAUAUGGACGACAUGAUGAUAUACCCAUUGGUACAUGUUAUUGGCCAGCGAAUAAUUUGAGUUGUGCCUGUCGUGGCAAUGAAAUUUUAUGUCGCAAUCAACAAUUAACUGCUAUACCGGCAAAUUUGCCUUACAACGAUGUGGCCAUGCUCGAUUUAACCGGCAAUAAUUUUACACAUUUAAAUGAGAAUUUUUUGGAUAAUCUACCAAUGACCGAUGAAUUAGUAUUAAAACUUUGUUCCAUUACUACCAUGGAUUCGUAUGCCUUUCGACAACUAUCCACAGUGCCGGUUAAAACAUUGUAA